UGUUGUUGUAGGAGGUUAUGUGGUCUAAUUACGAACUAUUAGAUAACUUUAGCAAAAUAAAUAAGAUGAUAUAGAACUGAAAAUAAUACUCCUCAAAAUUUUGGUAUAUACAGUUUUAUACAAAUAAUUAAAAAUGGAUUUCUUUUCAGAGAUAAUAGGUGAAACCGUUAUACUUGGCAUUGAUUCUUUAAUAUUGGGAGUUUGUGUAAAACAGCUGAGCAAAUGCAAAUAUAUAUUGAACGCAUUACAGUCAGCCCCAGUGCUUGACAUAGAUUCAACUUUAAACAAGGAGAUUAACAAGUACCCCAGCCAUGUGAUCCCGUAUGUCGUGAUACGGGGCCUUGUAAAGCCACUCGGCAAUCCUAUUACAAGCAACUACCACCAAUCUGUCACAGGUGUAAUACAAAGACUAACAAUAAAAGAACAUGUCAUAGCAAGAACAUCAGCCGGAUUCUGGUCGGAUCAGACUCGCACAAUUCAUGAGGUGUACAACUCAACCCCUUUUGUACUCAGUAGUGGCAAAUACAGCAUUGAAGUUGUGGAUGCUCUUGCUGCAGACCUAUUAGACUUGGAUGUUAUAUCAGAUAAAUUUGAGCCAAUGUCUCCUGGAGUGAUCGACCAUGUCUGGGGGUUCUUCUCGGGAGUUCGGCAGCGCGGUCUUCAGACUAUGGAGGAAAUGCUUCGAGAUGGUUCCUACAUAACUGUUGUAGGGGAACUGAGUAGGACUAGUUCUGGGUUAAAGAUUCAGCCGCCACGAGAUGGUCUGCCCCUCUACCUUACCACUGCCACAAAGUCUAGUUUGUUGAAGAGGCUAGCUAGCUCGCGGGAUUUCUUGAGAAUUCUCCUAGCCGUAUUCGGCACUGUUGCCGCCAUAGCGUCCGGUCGCGUCCUCUACAAAUACAUGAAGAGACGUCGGCGGCGCGAGGCUGAGGAGCAACUGAAGAAGCAGCUGGCGGCCGGCCGGCGCCAGCGCCGCGCGCACACUCGUGACCACGCGCUGCCCGACCUGCAGCUGUGUGUGGUCUGCACCGAGAACCCCAAAGAGAUAAUUCUGCUGCCUUGUGGUCAUGUGUGCUUAUGCGAAGACUGCUCGGAGAAUAUCAAAGACAAGUGCCCAAUUUGCAGAGAGAGGAUAGAGUCCCGCGCACCCGCUUUUAUAACGUAAACAAUAAAUUAUAUUAAUUAGGUAAUUUAUUUAAACAUACGGCCUGUUCAGAGAUAUAACUGUGUAGUGUAAAUAUUUUAUUAAGUAUCUUAAAUCAAUAUCAACGUAAUUAAAAUCAAUAUCAAUAUGUCAAAAUUUCAGAAACAAGAUUUUUCCAUUAUAAA